UUUCAUUGUGAGGUUUUGACUUACCAUGAUUCAGUUGUUUUAUUCAGGCAGGAGAAGAGAAGCUUGUACUGGACAUUGGACGAAAAGCCCUGCAACAUCCGGACUCAAAGCACUAUACUCAUGAUUUACUUUUGUCCAUGGCACUAGCUGAGUGUGCUAUUGCAAAAUUUGGCUUUGAGAAGAACAAUAUUUCACAAGGUUUUGAAGCUCUUGCUCGUGCUCAGUGCUUACUUAGGAGCCAAACUUCUCUUGAGAAGAUGGCAUUGCUGUCACAGAUUGAGGAGUCCCUGGAAGAACUUGCACCAGCUUGCACUUUGGAAUUGUUGGGGAUGCCUCCCAGACCUGAAAAUGCUGAGCGAAGAUUGGGAGCCAUUUCUGCUUUGCGUGAAUUACUUAGGCAGGGUCUGGAUGUAGAAUCUCCGUGCCAAGUUCAAGAUUGGCCUUGCUUUUUGAAUCAGGCUUUCAGUAGGCUCAUGGCAUAUGAGAUAGUUGAACUCCUCCAAUGGGAUAAAUUGGCGCUUAUAAGGAAGAACAAAAAGUCGCUUGAGUCACAAAACCAAAGAGUUGUAAUUGACUUCAAUGGUUUCUAUGUGAUUCUGACGGCUCAUAUUGCUCUUGGCUUUUCCAGCAAGCAAACAGAUUUGAUUAACCGCGCAAAAAUCAUUUGCGAGUGUUUAAUGACAUCAGAGGGUGUAAAUUUAAAAUUUGAGGAAGCCUUUUGCUUGUUCCUUCUUGGGCAGGCUGAUGAGGCAAGUGCUGCAGAAAGACUUCGACAACGUGAGCCGAACUCUAAUGCAGGAUCAGUUGAAAUAAUAAACCCGAUUAAGGAAAUGUCCAGUACUUCUAGUGAAAACAAAUCAAUGGAAAUAUGGCUCAAGGAUGCUGUGCUCAGUCUGUUUCCAGAUACACAAGAUUGUUCCCCAUCUUUGGCAAACUUCUUUCGCAGUGAAAAACGAAAUAUUUUAUUUAAGGAAAACAAAAGGAUGCCACAGACUUCGUCUCAUAUGAACCACCGACCAAUUGCACCUGACUAUUUGCAUGACCGGAGAGCUUUUGGUGAAACUGUUCCAUUUGCUGCUGACAGCUCAAAACAUCUUGGGCCAGCUGUUAAACAAUUGGCUGUUCCAAAUUUACAAGGUCCAGUGGUAGUCGACAAGGUCAGUGGUGGUCCUAAUUGUGGACCAUCCAUACCCCUGAAAAGGAAUUUGGGUGCACAACAACAUGUAACUCUAAGUAAUGCAAUUGGGAAGAUAAUUGCUGUCACUUCUUUUGGAUGGAUCCUGUUUUUAUCCUUAAAGAUAAUGAACAUGCUAUCCUGGAGGAUUGGAAACAAAACUAGAUUGAGGCUAAACUCACCUAGUAUGACAAGCUCUACUUCCUGGAUUGGAGAUGGUUCUCAAGAUCUAAGAUCCAGACAUGCUAAAAUUAGUAUUGUCCCUAAAGAAUUGAGGAAGCUGCUCUCAAAUUUUUUGUCACAGGUCAAGCCACACCAAGAAGAUCUAUGCAUGGAAAAUCGUUGUCAAGCGGCUGGUUUAUCAUCCCCUUCGAAAGUAGCAUACAAGAUGGCAAUGUCUUCUGAAGAAGCCGAGAGCCUGGUUAAGAAAUGGCAAAAUAUUAAAGCAGAAGCUCUUGGGCCUGAUCAUCAGGUUGAUCUCCUCUCUGAAGUUCUUGAUGAGGCGAUGCUUGUUCAGUGGCAAGUUUUGGCUGAUUCUGCAAAAAAGAAGUCAUGCUUUUGGAGAUUUGUUUUGCUGAAACUUUCAGUUCUACGAGCAGAUAUUUUAACUGACGAGACUGGAAAAGAGAUUGCAGAGAUAGAGGCUCUCCUUGAAGAGGCAGCAGAACUCGUGGACGAAUCCUCCAUAACAAACCCCAACUACUACAGUUCUUACAAAAUCCGUUACAUCCUGAAGAGACAAGAUAACGGUGGUUGGAAGUUUUGUGAGGUCAAUAUCGAGACUCCAUGAUUUUCAACAAAGCAGCAAAAUAUAGCACACUCUUCCUGCUGCAUAACCAUAUACCAUGAGAUUGUAUAAUCUAACACCAAAAGAUCGACAUCAACCCGAGCAUCCAUCAAGCCAAAGGUAUUGUAAUUAGCUUUUCCAUUUCGCAUUCUUUUGGGGACCGAUUAGAGUGAUCAUAGAUAGCAUCAUUAGAGUUACUUGCCUCCUUUAUACUCCCACUCGUCUAACAUGGUCCUCUAAUGAAAGGUUUUGGCUGUG